AUGAGCAUGUUUGGCUACCGUAAGGAGCUGGACAAGUACGAGGAUGUGGAUGAAGAUGAGCUGCUGGCUUCCCUGACGGCAGAUGAGCUGGAGGAGCUGGAGAAGGAGCUGGCGGACAUCGACCCGGAUGACAACGUCCCUAUCGGACUGAGGCAGAGGGACCAGACCGCCAAGACCCCCACGGGCACCUUCAGCCGAGAGGCCCUGUUAAAGUACUGGGAGAACGAGACCCGCAAACUCCUCGAGGAGGAGAGGUCGGGCUCGAGCCCCAAACAGGACAACGAGGAGCAGGAGGAUACUGAUAAGGAAGCAGAAUGCGUGACUGAGAGCAACAGUGAGGGCUCAGAAGAAGAAGAAGACAGUGAGGAACAGGAGGAGGAUGAGGAGGAAGAAGAAGAGGAAGAUAGUGAGGAAGAAGAGGAAGAGGCUGUUACCGAGGAUGAAGACGAACAAGAGCAUGAAGAAGAACCAAAAAGAGAAAAUUUGGCCAGCUGCAGUCCAAUAAACAGCCAGAACCUCUGCAGCGGCCUGUCAAAAUGCAAUGGCAGUGAUGAGGAUAUUAAAAAAGCGCCGUCCACCACCAAUGUAGAUGCUGACCUCAAGAUGACCCCCAGCAGGCCCUGCGGGAACCCCACGGUGAUCGACGAGGCCCUGGAGAAGAUCCUGAGCGAUGACGUUGAAAUGACCGAGGUCAACCUGAACAACAUCGAGAACAUCUCCCAGGAGAUGCUCAUCAGCUUCGCCGAUGCCCUGAGGUCCAACACACACGUGCGGGUGUUCAGCGUGGCCAACACGCGUGCUGACGACCACGUAGCCUUCGCCAUCGCCAAGAUGCUCAGGCAAAACAGCAGCGUGACGAACAUCAACAUCGAGUCCAACUACAUCACAGGGAAGGGCAUCGUGGCUCUGAUGCAGGCCCUCACCCGGAACAGCACUCUGACCGAGCUGCGCUUCCACAACCAGAGGCACAUCUGCGGAGGCCAGGUGGAGAUGGAGAUCGUGAAGCUGCUGAGGGAGAACACCACCCUACUGAAGCUGGGCUAUCAGUUUGACCUGCCGGGCCCCAGGAUGAGCAUGACCAGCAUCCUGACCCGCAACCAGGACCGGCAGAGGCAGAGGCGGAUGCAGGAGCAGCGUCUCGCGGGGGGCUCCGACGGGCCUGUCAACCCCCGGACCAGCGCCCUGCAGAGGGGCACGCCGACCUCGUCCCCCUACGGAUCUCCACGGGGCUCCCCGUGGCCUUCUCCAAAACUGCCCCGAAACGUGAAAAAUGCACCGCCAGCACCGCCUCCUCCCCCUCCACCCCCACCUCCACCACCGCCACCCCCUCCUCUUCCGCCUUCCCAGCCGGUCCAGGAGAAGAAGCCGCCGACUCGAAACAUUGCGGAGGUUAUCAAGCAGCAGGAGAGACGGAAAAGGCAGGCGUCCCAGCCGAAAAAGUCCCGGAAAGGCAAGAAGGGUGCACCCAAGGAGAAGGAGCCCUCCAUCCUCAAGGAACUGAAAAAAGCCCUCAGGCCCAUUUCCGACAAAAGGAUAGAGGACACAUCCCGACCCUCCACACCCCAGCGAUCUGUCCAUGAUGAACUCAUGGCCUCUAUUCGUGGGAGCAGCAUCAGACAACUUAGACGGGUGGAAGUUCCAGAGCAUCUACGGUAACCAGACAGUGAAUCAAAGGUUGGAGAGACAUUGAGAAGGCCUGCCAUAAACACGUAAACACAAGCAUUCUUCCAAUGUGAACUGUACUUGAUUUUUUAGGAAGAUAACAUGAUUUGCACUGCGGUUUUGUGUUUAUACAACAAUAACAAAAAAGGCCAAACAGGUCAAAUAUAAUUUUGUAUGACAAGGUUACAAUGUUUAUUUUAUUAUGAAUUUUUCUCUCUGAGGUAAAAUUAUGUUUUGUAAUUUAAUGUAAAACCUAUAAAAUGUAAAUAUUUUGUUGUGUAAUGAUUUGUAUAACUGAAUG